CAGGUUAUCAGAACUAAGGAUGUUUCCGUUUUGAAUAGCCUACAUAUUGCGCGUAUAACAACCUUCUGGUACUUGUAUUAAUAACAGAACGGUACUACAAAUCGUAUCCGGCUACAAAUAAUGAGUUUGCAAUAAUAUAACCAACACCAAAAGAAGGAAAACGCGCGUUCAUCCUUAGCAUGGAUAAUAAAGAGCGUAUAUCAAAUGUUUUCACGGUGGAUGGCUGUGCAAGUCAUAAACUAGACAAUGAUUCAAAUAUGGAUGUUGAGCGUAAGAUGGAUUCUCGAUCGUUUCGUGCGAAAUGCCUGGGGCUAGUGCGUCAGAACUUGCUAGUUACGUUAACGUUGGUUGGGGUCGGGUGUGGGUUCCUGAUUGGGCUCUUGGUAGAGCCCACUGGACCCUCCGCUAGCACCCUUAUGUGGAUAGGGAUGCCUGGGGAACUGUACAUCCGGAUGUUGAAGAUGAUGAUCGUCCCGCUUGUCAUCUGCAGCGUCAUAUCCGGGACAGCCCGGAUGGACCCGCGGUCUAACGGCAAGGUGAGCGGUAUCGCCCUGGGUUACAUCAUGGUCCAGAAUCUCCUCGGAACGGUCAUAGGAACGGCCAUCUGUCUCAUUGUCAAACCAGGAGAGGGUGUAGAGGUGGACGAAGACCUCAAGUUUGAAGGUGACGUCAUGAAAACGGAAGACAUAUUCGCUGAUCUCCUCAGAAAUAUUGUGCCUGAUAAUUUAGUCGCAGCAUGUUUUCGGCAGGCUCAGACCAAGUACGAGUUUGAAUCUCACGUUAUUCAGCGGGACCUUGCGUUAAACGUCACAGAGACGGUUCGUGAAGUCACACGAAAGUAUGUGGGGGCUGCUGAUUCCACAAACAUUCUGGGUUUGAUUAUCGUGUGUUCAGCGUUCGGAGUCGCGGCGGCGGCCCUUGAGGAACAAGGCGCGCCAUUCCUAGCCUUUUUCCGGUCCGCUACUGAAACCAUUGUCAAGAUACUUCGGGUUCUAAUUUGGACGACGCCAGUGGGCGUGGCCAGCCUGAUCGCCAAGACGAUUGCAGGCACCAGCAAUAUGGAGACCGUAUUUCAGAAGCUUGGAAUCUACUUCGCAUGCGUGCUAAGCGGCCUCAUCCUGUGGUCUUUCCUCCUUAUUCCGCUCAUGUUCUUCCUGGUCCGCCGCCAGAAUCCCUACCGCUUCCUGGGCUCUAUCGUCCCACCCAUUAUGAUGGUGUUUGCAACCGGAAGCACAAUGAUCGCUCUCCCAGAGAGUUUCAUAUGUCUGGAGGAAAAGAACGGCGUGGACAGCCGAAUAUCGCGUUUCGUGGCGCCCCUUGCCGCCACCAUCGGCCGCUCCGGAAGUGCCCUCUAUAUCGCUUCUUCCUGCGUCUUCAUCAUACAGACGCUUGGCAGGGAUGUCAGCGGGGUGGACAUAAUUCUCGUGAUCCUGCUGACAUGGAUCUCAGCUCUUGCCAUCCCCUCGGUGACAGGAGCCAGCCUGAUUACCGUCCUCGUCCUACUGACGGCCCUCAACAUCCCGGGGGAGGCCGCCGCCAUGCUGUUUGCCCUGGAGUUCUUCCUUGACCGGUCCCGCAGCGUGGGGAACUUAAUAGACCAGCUUACAUGUGUGAUGGUGAACGACCGGUUCUGUGCGGCCUCCUUGGAUCCACACCCGGUCGUCACGGAGGAGACCCGCAGCCUCAUGGAUAAAGCCGGGGCCGCCUCAGAAAUACACGCUCACGGAAACAUGAAGUUAUGAACUAAAGAUCGGGUCAAAUUCAAAGUGUUCGUGUCAAUGGUGACAAUGUCCUUUUAACAUCAUUAAUAUACAGUCGAACCCCGUUGGCUCGAACUCGCUUGACUCGAGUUUCUCGCUGGCUCGAAUUGAAUGUUAAGGACCGAUCUCUUUACACUGAACGUAAGUUGUCCCGCUUGGCUCGAAUUUUCCGAGAUCGAGGUAUUUUAGCCGGUCACACGGAGUUCGAGCCAUCGGGCGUCGACUGUAUUAUUAUGUCAUUUUGAUUAUUGGUGGAUGAUAUAUAAAUGACACAAUUCUAAUAAAUUAAAUAUGGUGUACAUUAUUAUAUGUAUAUUAUA